GAAGAAGAGAUUUGGACGUUUUGGAGGCAACAAAACAAAACUUAACACACUUGUCAUUGAACAAUAAUGAGCUCUACUACGACGGUUAUUUUUCUAUUUUAACUGAAACAAAUUGGGACUUUUAGGCAGUUUUUUGUCUGUGUGUCUUCAUGGAGACCAAAGCGCCUGUUCUGCUGAACGCGGUUCCUCCUUACGGACAUGUUAUUUCAAGCGACAAAUGGAGAAACUCUUCCCUCUUAGAAAGCUUAAAGGGUGCAGGUGUGAAACUAAUCUUUGAGAAUGAGCUCGGUGCUGCAGAUUUCCACUUGCCAAAUAAAAGCAGCAUCCUAUACGUGUCUGAGUGCGACAUCAUAGCAAGAAACAGCUACAAGAGGAAACUGGUUCGCUACAGAAAUAGCAACAGCAGCAGUUUCCAGAUGCUUGUUCUGGUGGAGAACACCAGACUCAGUGAGCAGUACUUCCCUGCUGUGCAGAAGUUUGUGGCGUUUGACCUCGGACUCACCCUCCUGCCGAUCAGCGGGCAGACCGAGGCCUCGCAGCUCCUCGCUCAGAUGGUUCACGGGGAGGGCAGGGACAACCCCUUCAGGAGGAGCAGUUCGUCCCGGCUGUUGGACCCGCUCAUCCUCGCUCUGGUGCAGCAGGUCCCCGGGGUCGGCAGGGUCAAAGCUCUGGCCCUGCUGCAGCACUUCUCCAGCAUCGGGCAGCUCUGCAACGCCUCCCCCGCCGAGCUAGAGCCCAUCGUGGGUCACGCUGCAGCUCAGCAGAUCCACAGCUUCUUCCAUGAAUCCUCCUCCUCGGCUGCAAGCUGACGGCUGCACUCCGGGUCUUUGACCAGGAAGGUUUGAGCUGAAGGACGAUGCAGAGACACUCCGGCUCACACGGACACUCAGUCUUUGUCUGAAAAGUGUGUUUGCAGUGUUUCAAACUUUCAGAGACAAUAAAAUGAACUCCUACGGGAGGGGCAGCCAUGAUUAAAGAGUGAGGGACUUAACUUGAGGUGACAGAGAAACAAUGCUAAUGUGGCCCAAAAGGGAGCUCAGUAACUAAUGUAGGUCCGCUGAUUAGACUGCUUAUUUUCUUUUGCAUCAACAUUAAAAUUAAAGUGAAAA